AUGGGUGGAGAAGCUCACCCCAGAGCUCCUCCCAGCUCUUAUCCGAAGCUGGUUGAGCGCCCGGUGGGCCAGCACAUUCGAAGCAUCUACCUCGACAGAUUGCGCCAACUCACUGACGAGGGUCUAUACGGCGAAGAUGGGCUUGUCAGCAAGUAUUACGAUGCAAUUGUAUCCGAUCAAGACCACGUUAAACUCUCCGUAUACUCCCCACCGGACUUAUCGCGGCCGACCUUCGAGGAGGCAACAUCACACGAAUUCAAGCCUACCAGUGUGGGCACUGCCUUCGGUCCAAGUUGGUCCACGCAUUGGUUCAAAAUCCACCUGACGGUUCCUCGAGAUUUGCUGGACAAAGACCGCUUGGAAUUCCAUUGGGAUGCUCACAAUGAGGGCCUGAUCUGGACGGAGAAUGGCCAUCCAUUACAAGGCUUGACGGGCGAUGGUGAACGUAUCGAAUGGAUUAUCCCGGAGAGCUUCCGUGAUGGCAAAGGACAUGUCCUCUAUAUCGAAAUGGCAUGCAACGGCAUGUUUGGAAAUGGAAAUGGCAGCUCUAUAGCACCUCCGGAUGAUAACCGAUAUUUUACAUUAUCUAAAGCUCAGAUUGUCGCGGUGAACCUGGAUGCUCGAGCUCUGUACUAUGAUUUCUGGAUUAUUGGAGAUGCCGCAAGGGAGUUUCCACAAGACUCGUGGGAACAGCACGAGGCGCUCAUGGUGGCAAAUGAUAUUAUGGAUACUUUCAUCGCAGGCGGUGGAAGCAAAGACUCAAUCAAAGAAGCUCGCAAAGUCGCCCAGCGAUACCUGGGUGACAGGGUCGAUUCUCAUAAAGUAUAUGAUACGGAAACGGAUCCCAUUGUCUAUGCAAUCGGUCAUUGUCACAUCGACACUUGUUGGCUAUGGCCAUUUGCGGAGACUAAGCGCAAGGUCGCCAGAUCUUGGUCAAAUCAAUGUGACCUCUUGGACCGUUAUCCCGAGCAUCGCUUCACAUGUUCCCAGGCUCAACAAUAUAAGUGGCUGAAGACUUAUUAUCCGUCUGUCUUUGACCGCGUGAAGAGCUACGUAAAAAAAGGACGCUUCCAACCCAUAGGUGGUAGUUGGGUCGAGCAUGAUACCAACCUACCCAGUGGAGAGUCUCUUGUGCGUCAAUUCUUGUACGGACAACGCUUGUUCGAGAGCAACUUUGGUAAGAGAUGCCGCACAUUCUGGCUCCCGGAUACAUUUGGGUACUCUUCACAGCUCCCGCAACUCUGUCAGCUAGCUGGUAUGAAGCGAUUCUUUACUCAGAAACUGAGCUGGAAUAACAUCAACAAUUUCCCACAUACUACGUUCAACUGGGUUGCUCUUGAUGGUAGCCAGGUUCUCUGUCAUAUGACUCCGGCUGAGACGUAUACUGCCUCUGCUCAUUUCGGGGACGUUAAGCGCAGCAUCUCUCAGCACAAGUCAUUAGAUCAAGACAAGACGUCACUCUUGGUCUUUGGUAAGGGUGACGGUGGUGGUGGUCCGACAUUUGAGCACUUGGAGAAACUUCGUCGCUGCCGUGGUUUGUCUGACAAGGUCGGCUUGCUUCCUCGUGUUAAGAUGAACACGUCUGUAGAUGAGUUUUUCGACCAGUUGCAAGAAAAGGCUGCCAAAGGUGUGAACUUUACGACAUGGUAUGGUGAACUGUACUUUGAACUGCAUCGGGGUACCUACACAUCCCAGGCCAACAACAAGCGCAAUAACCGAGCCGCCGAAUUUUUGCUUCGCGAGAUAGAGUACUUCGCAACAUUGGCAAGCGUUGGCAAAGCGAAGGGUGGCUACAAGUAUCCUAAAGAGGAUCUAGAUAACAUGUGGGAGUCGGUGCUUCUCUGCCAAUUCCACGACUGUCUGCCUGGUAGCUCGAUCGGCAUGUGUUAUGAUGAUAGCAACAAGAUAUAUGCUGAGGUCUUCGCCACUGGCCACAGACUUAAGAAGGAAGCUCUGGCCGCACUUGGGUUUGAUGAUCCUAAAUCGGGCGAAAAUGUUCGGUUCAUCAAUACCAUGCCCUGGAAGCGGUCUGAAGUUGUGAAACUUCCUGAGGCUCUGUGCCAUAGCAAGGGACAUCGCUAUGCUCAGAUCAGCGGUCAUACUGGUACAAUUGAUGCUACUUUCCUUAACAACGCAGUGUCAUCACGCGUUUCCAUCUCAGAAAUCAGGCCAGGGGUAUUCCGUCUAUCCAAUGAAAAGCUGAAAGUCGACAUUCAAGACGGCGUGAUUGUUUCAUUGUAUGACGUCGAAGUUGACCGAGAAGUUAUCUCUCGCGGAGGUAAAGCGGGCCAACUCGUCAUUUUCGAUGAUAAGCCCUUGAACUGGCAGGCAUGGGAUGUGGAGGUCUUCCAUCUUGAAUCACGCAAGGAGCUCAAGUCUAGUACUACCUCUAUUUUGGAGAUUUCUCCUCAUUGUGUUAGUGUAGUGACAGAGACUAAGAUUAGCGACCAGAGCUGGAUCAAGACCACCAUCAGCUUGAAGGCUGCUGUGGACAGUGAGCCGUCGUAUGUCGAGUUUGACAGUGAAGUCGAAUGGCGAGAGAACAAGAAGUUCCUCAAGGUCGAGUUUCCGGUCGAUGUCCGCAAUACUGAGGCUUCAUAUGAGACUCAAUACGGUAUUGUUCGCCGACCGACUCACUACAAUACAAGCUGGGAUAUGGCCAAGUUCGAGGUUUGCUCCCACAAAUGGGCCGAUCUUUCCGAAUACGGCUAUGGAGUGUCUAUUCUCAACGACUCGAAAUACGGCUUCGCUACAGUUGGUAACGUGAUGCGAUUAUCUCUAUUGCGAGCUCCUAAAGCCCCCGAUGCGCAUGCCGACAUGGGUCGUCACCACAUCCGCUACGCCAUCUUGCCGCAUUCAGGAUCCCUCGAUCAUCGCACAAUUCGCGCAGGCUACAACUUCAACCAGCCCCUAGUCGCCGUUUCAGCAACCAACAAGAGCAACACCGGUGCAUUCGACGCCGUUCACCUCAACGGUUCAAAAGCCCUGGUUUUAGACGCAGUAAAGCGUGGCGAAGAUGACGAGGAUGUUUCCCGCGGUGAACUCGCAAAGAGACCUGGUAAAAGCAUUAUUUUGCGUGUGUAUGAGUCGCUAGGUGGUAAAGCACGAGGAACUAUUCAUACUACCUUGCCGGUCAAGAAAGUAUGGAAGACCAAUCUUCUUGAAGAUGAUGAGGCCGAGUUCCCGAUUGUUUCGAAUCACAAGGAUUCUACGAUUCAAGGACAGAAGAGCGUUGAUAUUGAGUUAAGGCCGUUUGAGGUUGCUACGUUUAGGUUGCAGUUGUAGGGCAUUAAGCAGAGUAUAUCAUAUUGGUAAAAUAAGGGAAUACGAAUACGUUUUAGCUUUG